GGUUCAGCCGACGCUGCUCCCGCACGCAACGGCUGACCUUGGUCACGUGACCAGCCAUGGCGAAGCCUGUGCGGGUCACUGACCUGCUGGUGCUGCUGCUGUUGCUCUGCCCAUAUGGAGAGUCUCAGGAUUGCGGACAUGUGGAUGAUAUUUUCGUCAACAACUGGCUCGAAACUGACCAGAAGACUAUGAAGAGGGUGACCUGCGAGCACGCUAAAAGUCUGUCAGCUGUGACAAUGACUGGCCAGAACGACACCGACCACUUCGAUGCGUCCGAGUUCGUCAGUGUAAGCGUUGUCGACCCUCACAAUGGCACCAUCGAGUUUUUGCCGGGACCAAAACUGCGUGGUAUACGGGACUAUCCCAGCCCGAAAGCAAAGAAUACGUUGCUCGGAAAAUGUGUAGUGAUCUGCGGUGGAGGGAGCACAACCUUCUCAUUUACGGCAAUUAUCAAAGACGCCAACACAGCCCAGCCGGCGUUCUCGGCGCCAUCGUACGCCCUCGAAGUGGUCGAGAAUUACCCGAUCGGCGUGCCCCUAACGCAGCUGACUUUCGAGGCCUCAGGUGAAAACUGGUCAGACUACUUCUCCAUUGACUCUGACACCGCCGUAUUUCGGCUUUCGAAGGUCAUUCCACCUGAGGUGCCUACGCCGGAUCAGAUCACACUGAUGGUUCAGGCGAAGGAGACCAACGGUCCAUACGACUGCAGCACCGUACUGCUCGUCCAGCUCGUCCCUACGAAAGGAAGACCUGAGCCCGAAAGCAACGUGGGCUACAUCAUAGGCCUGGCCGUGCUGGGCGCUCUUUUGCUGGUGACAGUGGCGGCGGCGGUCUUCAUCAUCCGCAGAAAAGACCGGAGAUACCGGUCGUCGCAUGCCCAUGGAAGCAGCAAGAACUCGCUGCUUCCUGGCGGGAGCCAGUCGGCCGCAGAGCAUGGCAGUGCGCCGCCGGUGGAGUCUGGCUACACCGAGCCGAGUUUCCACGUAGAAGAGCCGCUCGAACAUCAAAGCUACUCACUAGUCGGUGGAAGCUACAGCCAGGCCGAUCCUGUCAGUACCUUGCCACCACUCACGACGUCAUACGAUCCUCCAACCACUGAAGCACGUUCGUCACGUGGCCCAACGCUUCCGACAAUCCCUGAACUGCAUUCGCCACGCGCCCCGACGCCUCCGCCAAUCACUAAAGUGCAUUCGCCACGCGCCCCGACGCCUCCGCCAAUCAGUGAGCAGACCCCUGAGCUUUACCCAAUAUUGCCGACAAUCACAGAACCGGAAGAGACCGCAGCUACAACAAUUCCACCAAUCCGGGAGGAAGUCUCGCCCCCGGACGAGCCGAAGCCCGACUAUUCGUUGAAGUCUGUGGGUUUCAAGGACACCGUGAUAUGCGUGACACCUGGCGAGGUAAAGGAACUGGACCUGAAGGAGGCCAAGGAUGAAGACAACGACGGGGACGAUGAUAAUUUGGAGGAUCCGGACGAUGCUGUUGUGAGCGAUGACGAAGGAGAUGAACGCCCCAAAGACGCUGAACAUGAUGAUGACAACAGCGAACACAAUGAGGAGACAGAGCCCACCUCAGAAAACCCAACAGCUGACGCCGAGAGCGUAGGUGCAACGCCAAAGGAAACUGCGGACGAUGAAGAGUGUGACAGCGCGCUGUAAUUUUGGGAAUGAGCUGCAUGAAUGUCCCCAGCGUGCUCACUUCAGCGCAUCGCAAUGGGAUUUGAUGGUCAUGCCGGCUCCGAAGCGGACUUACACGGCGUGGUGCAAUAACUUCCAACGCUUUUUCUUUGAAGAGGUAUUUUGCCAGAUCGGAUAUUAGAACAAAACCAAUUCUAAAGUUCGUUGAUGCAAUUUAAAUAUCGUGAACAACAAGGGCCAGUCGGCGUUUUUGUGGUCGGCCACUGUUGCGUUUUCUGUAAAUCUAGGUCAACAAGAACAACUGACCGGACCGAACAACGAGACACGGCCACAGCUGAGCAGGCUACAGGACGUGAAGAAUUAGCUCAGGCAAGGUGAACGGCGACAGAACACGCGCAAGAUCAUGGUCAGCCGCUCAGCCUCGCUUGUGCCCCAUUAAGAUCACCUCACGAGGGGUGGUUCAACGCGAUGUGACGAGUAUGCGCUUUGCGACUGACGGCUGGGUGGACGUGAAUUAUGGACUAAAUUGUUGUGUUACGAUGGCCAAUAACCGAUAUGACCAACGUGGUCAAUAAGUGAUUAUUGUCGGCCCACGGCAUUGUCACUGCCUAGGCUGUGUCACUGUGAUAGGCUCGGAGGCAAGUUUUAGGCGGCAAUCUGGCGUGCACGGACUACACCAGCACCCUGUUUGUGAGGGGCUGGAUCUGUGUUGGACGGCUGUGUAGGUUGUCGUGCAAAGCGCCUGCCGUAAUAAAAUUCCAACUGAUUUGGUGCGUUGGUGUUGCAAUGCGUUCACCAAGAAGAUAGGCAUCGAAAAUAAUCGUGCGAUAGAUAUUGUCCCCACCGACUGUCGACUAUGCUCAAACAUUCAUGACAAAAAAUCAUAAAUUCAAGAUUAAUCUGGAUCGUACAAGUUCCACGCCAAACAGGUGGACGGGGACUGAAGUUACGUUAUCCCUCGCCCGGCUGAGGGGGAAGCUCACUUUCCCUAACGGUUUUCGAGCACAUGUGGAAAAAACACUUGCAGCGACUCAAAAUUUUUAGUCAUAGUUAUCUAUCAAUUUGGCACCCGUUGCUUAUAUUUCAGGUUUUGAUCUACUAAGGUUAGUGAUCCAGGUCAGGUCAAAAAGGUCAUUCUCAAAAAACUUUGGUCAUAAAUAACUUUGUAUGGGUCAUUUGACUUCGUUCAAAUUUGGUAUAAUAAUGGAAUAUGAUAUUACCUACAGUUUUUACAUUUCAUAUUUUCUGAAAAUGCGAGCCCACUGACCUGAAGUCAAGUCAAUUGUUGCUAUCGCCGUAAAGAAUGCAACUUUGUACGUUUUCUAGCGUAGUUUGGUGUCAUGUAUGUAGAAAAGAAUACUUACUUACAUGCACGAUCAUCAUAUGACAACAGAGCACACGACCUUGGUCCAGGUCAUGACCUAUUUAUGUGGGCAUUUUUAUUAUUUAAUAUUAAUAUUAAUUUUGCAAAACACAUGCUGCGCACAAAAUAGGCAGUUUUAGGAGAUUUUGGCCGCAGAAUUCAAAUGCUCCACUGUAAACGUGUUGAGAUAAGUCAUAGUGCAUUUUAAAGACACAAAAGGAUAUACGAGGUCACAUGAGAUCAUCUAAGGUCAAUAACCUAUGCUGUCAGUAGCGGAGAGGCUAGAUGAACGAGUGCAACGUGUAUCUCCUUGUGUUUGUGGGGGGUGAUGACGCCUAAUUUUAUGUACCAAAGUUCCUGUUCUCAGUUUGUUACAAAUACGCUGCCAAGCAUCGAAUGGACUGUAAAUAAUGUGGAUAACAGCCAAGUAAUCUUGAGUACCUGCAGAUAUCCAAUGCACUAUUUCUGACCACACAAAGUAAUGUACUGGAAAUGUAGAUUCGGUUAGCACUUAACACUUGCCAGUUAGGUCUUUUAUGAAUUUGACAUAAGUUGACCUCGGAGAGCCUCUAGGUCACCAUAGAAUGACAUUUUUGUGUCUGGAAUACUUUUUCCCACAGCUGCACCUAAUCAAGUGAACUAAGUCAAAAGCACAUUGUGAAGAAAAGCAUCGUUCUUGUAGGCUACUGGUGGACCAAUUUUGAACGGGAACCUAUCUAGCCUGACCCAUGUGGGAACCGGAAAUAAUGAGCUCCCCAAGGUCGUUACACUUAUUCCCGGGCUUUCAAUAACCAUCCCUACAUGUCAACACAGGUUUCAACUGCAUCCUUCGGAAAACCCGUUUUUGGCCUUUCGUCUUAUCUGAUGGCCUCACAUUUGACCUGGGGUAAAAAAUUAGGGUGCAUUCUUGAUGAUUUGGCGCGAUAUUCAAAACAGUAUCUUUUGUUUUAGUAUACAGCGUCUGGAAGCUGGAGAUCCCAGGGGGAAGUCAGCUCCCCCCUCCCCCACCCCGGCCGGGCGCGGUUGUUUCAGACCCAGGCCGGGAGCGUAAAACGGCGGCGGUUGUCCAAACUAUUUCUUGUGAAGUGAGAAAUAUAUACGAUCGAUUGCGAACAUGUAGAAACACCCCAAAUACGAACGAUUUCGGGCGCCUAGUUUUCGAUUCGAUUCAUCUUUUCGAUCUUACAUUCACGCCAAGCAUGAAUUUUCAGUUAACUCUACUCUACUUGGGGAAGUUUUGACAACGGAAGAACAAUUCGGUCUGUAUGACAACUUGCACUGAGUCGGUUGUGUCAUGCUGCUCUUCGCUGACCCAUUUGUCACGAAUCGGGUGUUCGGCUUGUCGAGAGCUGCUCACAUUCCCUACAAGCCAGUUGGGAAUCAGCGGCCGGCUAGAGGUCACUGGAUGCCAAUUAAUGUUGCCUUGAAAUGGGCCAGCAGAGCUAUCACGUCGUCAUAUGUGCCAUGUUGUCGCCACAUGUGUCAUGUUGCUCAGAUCCCUCCGUCUGUGUAAUGGUUUCCUGUGCGCCUGUAGUCAAGGUUCUGUUCACGGCUUACAGGACUGGGCCUGAACCUUAGAAUGUAUUUAGAUUGUUGGACCAUAGACCCAUUUUAAAUAAGAUGUGGGGAAAUCUAACAGCUUCUGUUGAUUGAUCUAGUCAGCAGUGGUUGGCUAGAAUUGCUAUCUUUAUGCUGUAGCAAUUCUACAAAAUUUGGCUGUGAGACAAGUCUUUUGAAAAGGAAAUACUAUAAAGAGUACCUGCACUAUCACAACGUGAUCACUCGAACCGUUCCGACCAUGGAUAUGACACUAAAAUAGUCCAAUUUCUGUUGUUUGGGAAGUGUCGAGUUUAAAAAGCAGUUUUGGAAUAAGCAUCGUUACCUUGUUGUAGGGAAAAUGAAAGCACAGAACCGCUUGAAGUCAGUGUGGUCUAAAUGUCUUCAUGGGGGGUGUAAUUCCGACGCUACGGAUACGGAAUGUGUCAAUGUGCACACAGAUUUAGAACAUUCUUCUUACAGGAAGGGACACGGAAACAAGUUUUACAGCAUGCAGGUGCGCAAAUGGAUGCCAGUAUUGCAAAGUGAUCUCGCUUUCUUAAAUGUAAAAUGUGCCAUGGCGCCAUAAAAUGUGCUAUUUUACAUGUACAAAACACUAAAACUACCCAGGCCUGUAACAGAGACAGGCUAUGUUUGAAAAGCCUUGUCAUUUUUCACAUGUAUCUAACACCCAGAAUGACUACCCGAUCAUAUAUCAGACAAUAAGGCCUCAGGUAAGGCCCUGCCAGGGUUUGUUGAAAACAUUUCGUUGCAAAAGAAUUGCGAGCACGGUUUGAAAUUUUGAGCGAUCAUUCCUGAGAAGGGCCUGGCUCCCGAUCCCGGGCGGAACUUCUAGCUAAACAACACAAAAGAGAGCGAUUCGUGGAGACGCAUUUGGCCGGUAGCCACGGCUUCGAGCCGACUGAGCGAGUUCCUCACCAACCUCAUCGUCCUCACCAUCCCGGUGGUCGGACAGGGGCAUGUUCAGCUCCUAACACCUGCACGCCUCCUGCAGCUGGUGAGCGUGGUCGCGGGGCGCGUGUUUCUGGUGCGUGAACGGCAGGUGACGUCAUCCCAUCCUCCUGGUGGUGCUAUCAGUGCCACCUGAUAGUGUCACAUGGUGGCACUAUCAGGUGGCCUCGACGAAAAUGGCAGCUCAGUGGACCUCGGUGCGGACAGCAUGGCGCUUUGCCUUCUCACUUAUUAUUUCAGUGUAAAACUGCAAAAAUCGGAAAAUUGGAAAGCAUGUCCCUCCCCAAUCAGCUGGUUUAGUAGGAAGCGUGUCUGGUAAUAUGCUGGGAAGUGUCAUACACUCUGCAUUAGCCUACUAGAACUAAACUAAACUAUUGUUCCGACAAAAAGACAUCAGCGCAACUGCCCCCGUCAUGUGCCACAGUUUACCCCAGGGCAAGCUGCUUCAUUACCAUGGAGGUCACCCAGAAGUCAUCUUCAAAAAGUACAAGAAAACGAACACGUACGCUCCAAGCUUUUGCCGCUACAUACGAGGCUGAAGGUGAUGGCUGUUUGCAGACAUACAUAGUCCUAUCUUCACUAGUUAAAGCAAGAGUGGGCUCAGGGUGAGAUCUGAUGCAGUUUGCCCUGCGACUUGCGUGUUAACUUUUUUGUUAUUGAGGAUGCUUGCCAGCCUCACGUUUUAUAAUGCAAACAGGCACUACCCGCUCCUGUUUUGUGGAUCACGUAGGUGCUAAGACUUACGUCCCACGGUUAAUGUGCCUUUACUGCUGUGGACUUUAAUGCACGUUGGCGAGCUGUGCGUCACAGCGAGUCAAAAGUGGAAAGUGGAAAUGUGGAAAAGUGGAAAAACAGAAAAGCUGCCUGCAGAUGGGACAAUGAGUCCUCUUGAUACUGCCAUUUGUGGGGUUGGUGGCUCCAUUGAUAAUGUCAGACCUGCAGCCUUUAAUUGUCUGAUGUAUGUAUGUAUGGUCGGGCAUUCACCCUGUACGUUUGUACCGAUAUAUGUGAAAAAUGACAGGGUUUUUUUUAAAAUGGCCUGUCUCUGUUACAAAUGUGGCUGCUUUUAGUGUUCUGUGCAUCCUGACUACGGCACAAUUUACAGUAAAAAACGUUCACUCUUUAAACAGCAACAUAAGAUCAUCACUCCACACGUAAAACUGUUAGGCUCGACUGCAACAGCAGCAUAAGAUCAUCACUCCACACGUUUAACUGCUAGGCUCGGCUGUCACAGCCAAUGGUAGGCUUAUGUACAACAUUGGGGUAACGACGAAUUUAUUCCAAGGUCACUCAUUUUGAGCGUGACUUUUACUUAGAACGCUUUGUGUGAGAACCAAUGAGCUGAGAGCAUACAAAAACAGGGGUCGCAGCCAGCUCCCCAAACCCAGAUAGUGUCACUCCACUUAAGUAGACAAUUUUGCCUCUCGCCUUUUCUCGGGUGUGACCGCGGAGGGGCAUUUUUCUUACCAAACGUCGUCGAAUCACGUCCGUCUUACA